GUCACGGCGGGACGGCCGCCGCCCAGAGGAACCGCGCCGGUCCAACCCCCCCCCACCACCACCCGCCGGCGAGGGGGCGGGCAUCACCGGAGCCCGGUGCGGAGCCGAUUGGCUGUCGGAGGGGAGGCGGGGAGCGGCGGGGCGGCGGCUGGGCUGCAGCGAAGGGCGCGGAGCCCAGAGCGGGCGCGGCGGAGCAUCCUUCGGGCACCGCGGCCCCGGUGCGGGCCGCUUCCCCCGCAGCACCUCGGCCUCCUAUGGGCGGUGCCGGCGUCCCGGCCCCCACACGCCCGUCCCGCUCGGCGUUAGCAUGGGCACGGUGCUUUCCCUGUCCCCCGCCGCCUCCUCGGGCAAGGGCGGCGGCGGCGGCGGGGGGCUGCUGGCCGACAAGGCUCCGGGCAGGCUGCCGGGAAAGGGCGAGAGCCGGCUGAAGAGGCCCGGGGUGCUCAUCUCGGCGCUCACCUGGAAGCGGCUGGUAGCCGCCUCGGCCAAGAAGAAGAAAAGCACCAAGAAGGUGACGCCGAAACCCGGUGGAGUGCCCCCCCCCGGGGCCCAGCCCGACCCGCUGGUGGUGCAGCGUAACCGCGAGAACUUGCGCAAAUCGCUGGGAGGGCCGUCCGACGGAGCCAAGCAGGGCCCGCUGGCCGUGCCGGUGCCCACCGUGCCCUCGGCGCCUCAGGAGCUGCACCCCGGCUCCGGUGGGGGAAAACCGCCGCCGCCCCCCGGUAGCCGCGCCCCGGGCUCGCCGCGCCGCGUGGUCGUGCAGGCGUCCACCGGAGAGCUGCUGCGCUGCCUGGGGGACUUCGUGUGCCGCCGCUGCUACCGUCUGAAGGAGCUGAGCCCCGGCGAGCUCAUCUCCUGGUUCCGCAGUGUGGACCGCUCGCUGCUGCUGCAGGGCUGGCAGGACCAGGGCUUCAUCACCCCGGCCAACCUGGUGUUCGUGUACCUGCUGUGCCGGGAGGCUCUGCGGGGAGAAGACAUCGGGAGCCAGGCCGAGCUGCAGGCCGCCUUCCUCACCUGCCUCUAUCUCGCCUACUCCUACAUGGGCAACGAGAUCUCCUACCCGCUGAAGCCCUUCCUGGUGGAGGGCGACAAGGGCCGCUUCUGGGAGCGCUGCCUGGGCAUCAUCCAGCGCCUGAGCUCCAAGAUGCUGCGAAUCAACGCGGACCCGCACUACUUCACGCAACUCUUCCAGGACCUCAAGAGCGAGGGCGAGGGAGGAGACGGGUCCAAGCACUGGACGAUCAGCCUGGACCGCUAGGGAGGUACCGGGCCCCAGGGGACGGAAGGGGCCGCGCACCGAGGGGCGGGGGAGGCGAAGGACUGCCGGAUCCAUCCCCACCCCAACCUUCCUCGCCUUCCCCCCUUCGCGGAGACGCUGCCUGGACCCUCCCCGCUCCGGAUCCGGCCGCUUCCCCACCCUGUCCCCUUCUGCCCUCCGGGACAUCGAGACGGAGGCGAAGAUCGGGGGGGGGGAGGGUGUUGGCCUUCCGCCUGCACGACGGGGAGGGGGAGGGCUGCCGAGGAGCGGAGGCUCUCGGAUAUGUUUUCUUUAGGGAAAAACGGAGAGAGAAAAACAAAACAACGACAACAACAACGCGGUCCGGGGGGGAGGAGGGCGAGGGGGCUGCGGGGCCGGUGCGUGUCCCCGUGUUCCCCCCCAGCCGCGGGCAGCCCCACGCUACCGGAGCUGUCCGUGGUGCUGAAUCCGCCGCCGCGGCAGACGAGCAGACAAAGGGCGGCGGGGAAGGGGGGGGA